CGUCAAUUGCGUCAAGUUGGUACCUGGCACGUUUACGACCAAUCUUUCCAUCAUCCGGCUUUGUCAAGUUCAGACCUGUUGUCGAACGUGUGAAGUAAUUUCUCCAUAAUGGUCACCGCCAAGAAGCAGAAAAAGGCUUUAGAGAGCAUCAACUCUCGCCUUGCGCUGGUGAUGAAAUCCGGCAAAUUCUGCCUGGGUUACAAGCAAACACUGAAAACCCUCCGCCAGGGCAAAGCUAAACUGAUCAUCAUUGCCAACAACACCCCACAUCUCAGGAAGUCCGAGAUCGAGUACUACGCUAUGUUGGCCAAGACCGGUGUACAUCACUACAACGGUAACAACAUCGAGCUGGGAACGGCCUGUGGCAAGUACUUCCGAGUGUGUACCCUGUCGAUUACCGAUGCCGGAGAUUCGGAUAUCAUUCGUACCCUGCCGGAGGCCCAGGCCGCUGGACAGUGAGCUCGGCGGUGCUCAUUUGUUGAUGUUCAAUGAAUGGUUUAGGUGUAAAAUGCGUUUAAAAACUAAUAAAGCGCAGCAUCUCUGUAUUUAGGAGGUCUGAGA